CGGCAAUGUAAUUUACCGGGGAAGUUCACUCCGUGAGGUGAAGCUGUGCGUCCAGACGGGGAUAGUUUUACCCGGCGUGUGUUCGCAGCUUCAAGAAGCAAUGCCAGCCUGUGGUGGACGUGUGCUAUAAAGACCAAGGAGAGUCUCCUGACCCAGCAACUCUCCCAGUGAACCCCCACCCCCCAGGACUCAAUCCUCAGGAAUAUCAUGGGACCGCUUCACGUUUACCUUUAUCCACUCCUUCUCCUCUUCCUCAUCCUCCUAUUCAGCCCCUGCACAUCCUUUAGACCUCAGGUUGUGGAGCGAGAUUUUGAUCCAGAGCUGCCUCAGUCCACUGGUAACGCAACGGGCUCUGCCAAGCGGAAAUGUUUUGAUACUGUGGUGUGUAAACCUGGUAUCUUACUCCCUGUUUGGCUACCACUCAACCCUCCACUGGCAGAGCAGGCAGCAAGGGCUAUUGUCUACUUCCUCGGCCUCAUGUACUUGUUCCUUGGUGUAUCCAUCAUUGCAGACCGCUUCAUGGCGUCCAUAGAAGUCAUCACCUCGCAGGAGAAGAAGGUGACCAUCACUAAACCUAACGGUGAAACUACAGUGACUACAGUGAGGAUCUGGAACGAGACUGUGUCCAAUCUCACACUAAUGGCCCUGGGCUCCUCAGCACCUGAAAUCCUGCUUUCUGUUAUUGAGGUAUGUGGGCACAACUUUGAUGCGGGGGAGCUUGGCCCAGGAACCAUAGUGGGCAGCGCUGCCUUCAAUUUGUUUGUGAUAAUCGGACUGUGUGUGUGGGUGAUCCCUGAUGGAGAGUCCCGCAAAAUCAAACACCUGCGUGUGUUUUUCAUUACCGCAUUUUGGAGUAUUUUCGCCUACAUUUGGUUGUAUCUCAUACUGGCCGUCAUCUCACCCGGGAUUGUAGAGGUGUGGGAGGCUGUAGUGACGCUGCUUUACUUUCCGGUGUGUGUGAUCUUGGCUUGGAUUGCUGACCGCCGUCUGCUCUUCUACAAAUACAUGCAUAAACGUUACCGCGCUGACAAGAGGCACGGCAUUGUGGUGGAAAUGGAAGGUGACGUGAUUAUGGAUGGAAAGUUGUCAGAUGGCAGUCUGUGCCCUGAAAACUGCUCAAGUGUUGCGGUGUCUGUUCAGACGGGCAAUGAACCAAACCAGAACAACGAUGGGGUGGCCUGCAUCCUCAAAGAUCUGAAAGAAAAACAUCCAGACAAGGACCUGGACCAGCUGAUUGAGAUGGCUAAUUACUCUGCCCUGAUGCACCGGAAGAAGAGCCGUGCCUUCUAUCGUGUGCAGGCAACACGCAUGUUGAUCGGCGCUGGCAACAUACUAAGGAAACACGCUGCAGAGCGUGCACGCCGCUUAGGAGGCGAGCAGGCUGACAAGGCCACAUGCUCACACAUCUGUUUUCAACAUGCCCGGUACCAGUGCACUGAGAAUUGUGGCUCCCUGAGCCUCAAAGUAAUUCUUGAUGGGGGCACUGGUGAUAACACUUUCUAUGUGGACUACUGUACAGAAAAUGGCUCUGCUAAUGCAGGGGCAGACUACGAACUCACAAAGGGAACCCUUGUUUUUAAGCCAGGGGAGACACACAAAGAGAUUACGGUUGUUAUCUUGGAUGAUGACGUCUUUGAGGAGGACGAGCAUUUUUUUGUAAAUCUUCAGAACCUGAGAUUAGAGGAAAACGGACAGGAAGGGACAGGAUCUCCACCCAAGGGUCGACUAGUGGAGCCCAUGGUGGCUACAGUCACUAUUUUGGAUGAUGACCAUGCUGGCCUCUUCACCUUUGGUCAGCCAGUUCUACGGGUGAGCGAGAGCACAGGCACACUGAUGGUAACAGUGGUGAGGAACUCGGGUUCAAGGGGCACUGUUGCUGUGCCUUACCAUACAGAGGAUGGCAGUGCCAAGGCUGGUGUGGACUAUGAGGAGGCCAAAGGGCAGCUGGAAUUCACCAAUGAGCAGACAAGUCAGACCUUACAAGUGUGCAUUAUAAAUGUAAAAGAAUAUGAGAAGCAGGAGAACUUCUUCAUUGUGCUUGAGGACCCCAAAUGGCUGAAGCGAGGAUUGUCUGCACUGCUGCUAAACCAGGGAAGCCCCACUCCUGAGGAAGAAGAAGCCCGGAGGAUCUCUGAGCUGGGUAAACCCAGUUUAGGGGAGCACAGUAGACUAGAGGUCAUCAUAGAAGAGUCCUGUGAGUUCAAGAAAACUGUGGACAAACUCCUGAAGGACACAGAUCUGGCUGCGUUAAUCGGUUCUCACUCAUGGAGAGAGCAGUUCAUUGAUGCAGUCACAGUCAGUGCAGGUGAUGGCGAUGAGGGACAGGAGCAGCGAACGCCCAACUGCUUUGACUAUUUUAUGCACCUAUUGUGCAUUUUUUGGAAGAUUCUGUUUGCUUGUGUCCCACCCACUGGGUAUUGGAACGGCUGGGCAUGCUUCAUAGUGUCAAUCAGUGUCAUUGGUGUCUUAACAGCCAUUAUUGGAGACUUAGCAUCACAUUUUGGCUGCACUGUAGGCCUAAGAGACUCUGUCACGGCAGUGGUCUUUGUCGCACUGGGGACUUCUCUACCAGAUACCUUUGCCAGCAAAGUAGCUGCAACUCAGGACCAGUAUGCCGAUGCAUCUGUGGGAAAUGUGACAGGAAGCAAUGCUGUUAAUGUGUUUUUGGGCAUAGGGGUGGCCUGGUCCGUGGCUGCCAUAUAUUGGGAAGUCAAAGGUAAAGCUUUUCGCGUGGAUCCUGGCUCGUUAGCCUUUUCUGUCACACUCUUCACAAUUUUCGGCUUCUUCAGUAUGGGAGUGUUGAUGCUACGUCGGAGACCGUCCAUAGGUGGUGAACUAGGAGGCCCACGAGUUCCUAGAGUCCUUACUUCACUGCUUUUCUUUGGACUAUGGUUCCUGUACAUCCUCUUCUCCAGCUUGGAAGCCUAUUGCCAUAUACAAGGCUUCUGAGGGAGCACAGCUAGGGUAAAUGAGGACGGUACACUCAGCAACACAUCAUCAGGACACAGACAGUACUGUACAUAUAGUGUUACGGUAACUAGUAAUUCACACUGAAACUUGAAAACUGCUGCCAUUGUUAAAGAAACCGUAUUCGGAUGCAAAUCUGUUUAUCACAUCCAGUACAGAACAGUACUAGUUGGAAAGUAUUGUGACAGCACUUCAUUGUGACAGUAUUCAGUCCACUUAAGUGGACCUAAUAUCAGGCUGUGAUUGUUUUUAGGUCACUGGGUGAUUCCUAACACUGGCUUGAUGCCUGAUAGCUCAAUUCCUGUAUCUCAAGUUGGACCUUGUUUUCCUCAUGUUUAUUAAGCCUGGAUUUGACUUACUGUAUAUUCAAGCAAUCAAAUCAAACAUAGCUGUUCACAGUUAAACACUUCCUCUUCAAUUAGUUAAGACUUGACUGAAAGUUGAAUUGUUAACAUGGUGAAAAAAUAGUUGGAGAGACAAGUUGAUGUAAAAUAACAUUCACUACAAUUUUUUUCUUUUCUCUGAAUUAGGUUUUACAUACAGUAAGUUUUACUGCACUUGCUAAUUAUAAUCUUGUUAAACAUUAAUAAUAGUAAUGAUCAGAAACGCACUCUAUGUAUAGAGCUAUCACCGAAAGGUUUUAUGUAAAAUAAAUGUGAUUAAUUUUCUGAUCAGUGAAAAAGUACCUUUGUGAUUUAUUGUCACUGUUUCAAAUGACUGAUUCACCUCUAAAGUCUUACCUGUUUUUGAUUGUCUGUCAUUAAUUUUUUAAACUGUAUCACAAGAAUAUAAUGUAAUUUUUAUUUAAUCACAUCACACUGAUAUAUCAACUGAGUGUUUCUGCAUUGAAUCCACCGCCCACAUGGGUUGUUUAGUUAUGCUGCAUUACUGCAGAAGGCAACAUUUUUUAAUUACUAUGACAUGGUAUCGAGGGAUUUUAUGUGGUUUGGGGCACACUGACUUGAGGAUUGUAAUACAGUAUUGUUCUUUUAAAUGAUGUGUUCCAUCAGCUUUAGCAUUGUUAAAAUAAAAACAAGGCACUUUG